UCCGGUUUGUCUGCUGUCAAGAAUCUGCGAACGUGUUUUGUUAAUGAAGAUGUUAUAGAUCGUUGUUCAGUUGGACGAAAAUGAGCCUACCUUAAUAGUGUUAUUACAUAAAUCACCAAAAAGGUUGUGUGUGUGUCUCCAAGAGGUGUUUUUUACAGGAAAUGGAGAAACUACGAUGGGUUUGGUUGACAGUUUGACAGCCGUACAAAUUGACAUUAGAGCAAAUGCUGAAAGCAUGUCGCUGACGUCGCUAGAUUCAGACCAGUCACCUCACAAACAUGUAUAUGAUGUGAACGUAUCAUCGGAUCCAGAGUCUCAACCGAAAUUCCCAAGCGAAAGUGGUAUCCUGCAUUGUACAAAUGGGGACCUGCUGGGACCGCUAGGCCUCCUUGUUCAGGGACUAUUGGCUCUUCUGGCGUUCUCGUGUUUGAUAGCCAAGCGAUACUGCGAACCCAAACAUGCAAGGCGUCCAUGGAGAAUAUGGUUUUAUGACACCUCCAAACAAGGAUUUGGUGCAGCCGUCCUCCACUUUGCAAACGUCUUCCUAGCAGAUAUGUUCCAGGAUGACCCAUGUACAUGGUAUUUUAUCAGUUUCCUUCUGGAUUCAACAAUUGGGAUUCUCAUCAUCUAUUUAGGUUUGAAACUCACCCAGAUAAUUGUCAGGAGAAACAAGCUGGCCACAUUAUACUUUGGGGAAUAUGGUGAUCCUCCCCAGUGCAAUGCGUGGGUGGGGCAGUGUGGCCUGUACAUCCUGGUGAUGGUUGUAGAAAAGAUCCUCGUCACGCUGCUCGUGCUCUUCAAGUUCUGGACAAAAGUAAGGGCUUUCAUAAUGUCCCCAAUUAAAGAGCCGAAGCUGGAGCUGGUGCUGGUGAUGUUCCUGGUCCCCCUGGUAGUCAACGCUUUCAUUUUCUGGAUAGUGGACAACUUUUUGAAGCAGAGCAUUCAGAACACCAAGCAUGUGUAUGUGAAUAGUGACGAAACGUCUGUGAAAUAUUUCAAAGGAUCAGAACGAGUCCGCUGCUACAAUCGCAUAGAAAAAGCUGAAGAUUUUGAGUCGGACAUGUUGUUAUCCACAGACGAGGAUGGGGAUACGAGACAGAGAUCUUUGGACAGCUCUAUUAGCCUACUGCCAACAUGAGUCUCCCUGUGUGCCGAAUAUAAUGGAGAAGGUGUCAUUUGUUGGAACUUUGGAGCAAGAAAUAUAUUUCACUAGAUUUUCAAAUGAAAGAUUGUUAACUUUCCCCGGACUCCAUUUAACAAACCGAUCUAUUAUUGUAUGAAGUCCAGUCUGCAGGGACAUACAGUGAGAUCUUGGUGAUGUAUAUAGACAUAUGAAUGAUGACAUUUGAAAAUGAAAUGCUGAAUUACACCAGUGUGUUUGCUUUGUUAGUAAUGUUAUGUAAGAUCAGACAUCUAUGUAACUAUUUUCAAAGGUUAGUGUUGCUGUGAGGUAGGGCUGGGACGGGUAAUUUAGGUACUCGGGUCGGGUGGGUACUGGGUAGGACCCGGGUACCCACAGGACUACCCAGUCCCGUGGUUAGUCACGUGAUAUAUUGUUAAUGACAAAAAUUAUCUAGGACUCUAUGUUUAAACAAAUCACUAAUUAUCACAGUUCUUUCUGACUACUACGCCCAUUCCUUCGGACCUUUUUAUGUUUGAAUAAAAAUAAAACGUCACUCAACUUCAGUGUAUGCAUGACCAGAUCAGUUUAUACGUGUAUCUAAACACAUUUUGCCAGGGCUACGGUCAAACUUUUCCCAAUCGGACAGUUUGCACCUACCUCUUGAGAACUACAGUACCUGGGUAGGGUCGGGUAAUAGGGGGGUGGGUACCCAGGUGGUAAAUUUGUACUGUUCCCAGCCCUACAGUGAAGCUAUAGUAAAUGUAUUAUGAGACUUUUAUUUAGACCAUCAACCUUUUGUUAAUUAUGAUAACCAUACGAAAACAUUCUCUUGUUCAAGAAUGAAAUGGUUGAUUUGAGAAAAAAUAAUAAGUGUUCUAACCCUAUGAAUAUAUAUACCAGGCAGUCUGAUAACUACUUUAAUCAUAGCCUCCAUGAAUGGCUCCUGAUAAUGGUCGCUGGAUGCGAGUUUAUUUGUGAUUCAAACGUAUAACCACAAAAUGUUUGAAAGUGACGUAUCUUCCCAUCGUACUUUCAAUACUGAUCAAGUAUAUCUCAUGUUGCAACAGUUAUAUAUCUGUAGCAUAUUUAUAUCAAAGCAUGCAAACUUGACAUUUACAAUUCUUGUUUGAGAUUAGUUUGUCAGCAAUUGUUGUUUCUCUUUUUGUUGCCAAAAUAUGUACUGCUUAAACUGAUUUGUCUUGGAAAGAGCAUUUUAGUUAUAUAUUCAAAGUUGCUAACAUUCACUCUGCAAGAUGGUUUUUGUACCGUAUUCGACAUAUUAAGUGCCCUGUUUCAAAAAGCGCCCCAGACCAAUUUCUGUAAGUGAUCUUUGAAAGGGCCUCCUACUGAGACCGAAAAUUCACAUCCAUAUUUUCCGGCAUAUAUUACUGGAAACUGAGAACAAGGGGUUAUAACUGCCUCGUAACUACAUGUAUUAUCAAAAAGGCUUGAUUUUCAUCAGUGUUUGAAUUAGGAUUGUUCACUUCCGCUCAAUCUCUGAAAACAAAUACCGUAUUCAACGUAAUAAGCGCCCAGGGCGCUCUCAAAAUUGGAAAUAACGGGCUCUUAUUAGAAUAUUAUUUUGGUGAAAAAAACCGUUGAAAGAUUAAUUU